UGGUGUAACGAUUUAUACCUAGAGUAUCAAAUUUGGUAUGUUAAACAGACCUAUAAAUAUGCUUUGGGUAUCUUAUUUACUUCCUCGUUGUGGAGAGAAGAAAAAUAGCUUCAUCACAUAAACAGAUACACAUGAAGCUGACGGACGUCUUAAAAGGCUCUCUAUGUCAUGGAUUCCGUAUGUGGUAAACUUUUGACCGCGGUAGUGAUCCUGCCCCUCACGGCUGGAAAUUCCCGACGACGACGGAAUGGGUCCCGGUAUUACGAUUGUAUUAUUUCCUCCCGCGUUCUGUUCCUCGUUAUCUUUGCUAUUGUCAUCGUAUUCACCGCCAGCAAAUCUAUACGAACACACACGGAGAUUCGCUUGGAAUUUGUCCUUCUCCUCCUCUCACUGUUAAUGAUCUCUACAAUGGUUGGGUUCUGUGUGCUGGCAAUCUUGGUGCACAAACAUGGCCUCCAAUAUGUAGUUGCCGGGAGGCGGAACACAAGCACUCCGAAACUACAGGUGAUAUUCCUCUGGGUGUUCGGCUUGGCUUCUGUAUUUUACUGUAUUUUCCUCGUGGGCAAGCAGAUUGAGUGUUCCGUAGACAUUGCUAAUGAUGGAAAGAAAGUUGGAGGAUAUUUUUGGGACACAUUGCUUUUUUUCAAUAUUCUAAUGAUAUUAUGCCUAUUCUCACAGAUGAUCGCCGUUACUUACUUCUCACCAUACGAGCUGAAACAGACUGACUUGAUUAACUUCGCCAUGUCUAUGCUGCUAAUUGUAGAUGUAUGCAUAUUUGUGUACAUUACUCUGAUCAGUGACACGUUUGCGUACAUUGUUCAUAUCAACAACGACGCUGGCAUAUCACACUGCCUGAAACGCAACAGUACGAUGAUCGACUUACUUCAUAAAUCGGAACAAAUUCUCCGACCCAAUUUUACCGAGUUCACUUUGCUGUCCUGUACAAUACUCCUUGAGAUAUGGUCUCCGACUAAGGUCCCUGUUUCUACUGAUGAAAUGUCGUACGUAGAAACACAGGACGCAGAGACAAUACCUCUCCUGCCGUAUGUAACACAGACCCAACACACCAGAGGCAGACGAACGGCAUGUCAGUUGAUUAGUUUGAUGAUAAGCUUAUCGCUUGGAAUCGGGCAUGCCAUAAUUUACGUUGCUAUGGCAAUGGGUAUUGGAGAAAUAGACAAAAUGAGAUACAUAACUGAAGUAUAUGAAUUGACGUUGAAAGUUAUGAUAAUGUUUGCUAUCUUUGCUGGGUUCUUUUGUUUGGUACAGUACUGUACUCCCGACGUAUCAUCCAAAGGUCUGAAGACUCGGGACUAUGUUUAUCUACUGUCGGCAUUCGGAUUAUUUAUGAUGCAUCUCGCCGAGACCAUAGGAGGAAAUGUAUCCUCGGGCCGAACAGCCACAAUACUGAUGUAUACCAGCAUCUUCAGUAUAUUCCAGGACUAUCUUCAAGUUGUAUUUCUGCUGCAUGCUAGCCGAUGUAAAAAGGCCGACCCUCGAACAAACAUCGACUUGCUGGAAUCCAUCCUGAUAUUCAUCUUUAUCAGCAACUUCAUUUUCUGGUUCAACGACAGUUUCUUGAUAUCUGAAUUUGCAGUAAAUCGGAUAUUGGAACACGGUAGCUUUUCCAAGGAUCUACAGAAGACAGUAUAUCAUGUUUUACUACCAGUGACUGUUUUCUUUAGAUUCACUUCUUUCCUGGAAUAUUAUGCAACCUUCGUAAAGUAUAGUACUUAGAAAACAUGGCUGAUAUUUUUACGAAGAAAAGCUAAGUAGUUCAGUUUUAUAGAAUUGGACAAGUGAAGAAUGAGCAAUAGAUAUUUUGAUAGAUACAGGGUUAGGGUUGUAGCAAUUAUCAUAGUUGUGGUAUAUUUGCCUAAACCCUACUACGUUAUGAUAUUAUCACCGUGCAAUAUCUCAAGUUCAAUUUCUUUAUUAACUUGGAGUCCUCAGACUCAUUAUCAUGCACAUGCACAAUAUUCACAUUUACAUAACAUCGGCAAUAUCAAACAAUGAUAAAUACGUCCAAGAGACAAUAUAUUAGGAGAGCAAAACUGUGUUAGUGAAAUACUUUGGCAUUAGCUGCUUUAAUAUAUUUGGCCAAUUUUCGAAUUAUCUCGGAUUUUGGCCGUUAAAUAACUAGAUCAGUUUAAACAUGCUUCAGACGAACUCUUACUCUAUACCGUAUUCAACAAUUUGUAUUAUAAAAACCUUUCGAUAUUUAUACAAAUAAUGUAUACAUAUAUAUAGCUUGUAUAUCAAAAUCAGUCAUGUAUUCUGAUAUUGUAUUAAGUUUUGCGUAAAAGUUAUCUGUAAUCUAUUUUGUCUUUAGUUUUGUGUAAAAGUUAUCUGUAAUCUUUUUUGUGUUUAGUUCUGUGUAAAAGUUAUCUGUAAUCUAUUUUGUG